AUGGAGGAACCUGUCCCAACACGUCCAAUUGACCUCGACAAGCAACCAUCUGAACUAGAUCACGAAGAUGUCCAACCAGCGAAAGCAGAACCUAUAAAACACGAAGAACCAGCUGAUCCACUAGCAUAUCGACACUACCAUUCUCUAUACCCAACUUGUAAUCGAUUGCUAGCUUCAAAAUGGGACGGUGCUCGUCGAAAACGCCAUCUCGAUAAAUUAGCUACGAUGGCUCCAGCUAUAGAUAACCAGCCACCAAGGAAAUGGGGGCAUUUAGAAGUCAAGACUGGCAAGAAAUUGCAAAUUUAUAAUGACCGACUGGCUGAAAUCGAGCGCUCAAAUCGUCAACUCCUGGAAAAAAUGAGCCAUAUUAUGAAGGUGUCGACGGGGAUUUCAAGGAAUGAAAAUAUUUAUGAAGCUAGAGCUGGGUUUGCCCAUGAUCGACACUAUUAUCGAAGAAUGAGGGAGUUGGAGAAACUUAACAUGGAGAAUCAGAAAAUCCUACGAAGAUUGGAAUCAAUGGGUGCUCACUACGACCACAAGCAAUGGCAAGAAGAACGUCUCAACAAUCUAGUCUAUCUCCAAAACAUUUCAGCAUACCCACAAAAGUAUCAAGAAAUGAUGAAGAUUGAAGCCGAACGAAAAGUCAAAUCUAAGACUAUUACUCCCACAACAACAAAGACAUCUGAACAACCCAAGAAACCCACCGUCACGACGACAAAGGUAUCAUCACCACCAAAGGCAAAGGAAACCACCAAACCAGUCGCUGCUAAGAAACCUGCACAACAAGCCAAGACUGUUGUUACUGCUACACCUGCCGUUGUUCCUGUUUCGACAAAGGCAUCCACAUAUGCUAUUGCUGCUGCUCCUGCUGUUGAAGAAGCUCCAGUGGUUGAAGCAACACCCGUUGCUGCUAGCGAAGAAGUAGCACCACAAGUAGAAGCACCGGCUGAAGUAGUGGCAUAA